AUGAACAGUACAAAUACAUCCGCACAAGAAGCCUCUCCAACCAGCCCAAAUGCCAUAACUGCUGUGGCCACCAAUCAGCCCACCACAAAGACCUCAACGGACAAUACACAAAAAAGCUCUUCCCCGGCCAAUGUCCCAUCCAGCACCAAAGCAGCGAACUCCAUCUCCGCCACCACUUCUGCUUCCCAAGCUGCUGUGGCCACCAGUACCACCACCACUGUGACCACAUCUGCCAUGAAUAAGGGGAGGUCUGCUUCCACCACUCUCCCAGACAGCAACACAGCUGAGACCUCUGCCGCCGACACCACUUCUGCUUCCCCACCUCCAGUGGAUAUUACUACCACCACCACUGUGACCCCACAUUCAAGGACCCAGGGGACCUCUGCCAAGACCAAUCUCCCAGCCAGCAACACAGAUGUGACCUCUGCCUCCGCCACCACUUCUACUUCCCCAACUACUGGGGCCACAACUGCCACCACCACCAUGACAUCAACUAUCAAGACUCAGGGGACCUCUGCCUCCAACUCUGUCCCAGCAAGCACCACAGCUGUGAACACUGCCUCCACCACAACUUCUGUUUCCACAUCUCCUGUGGACAACACUGCCACCACCUCUGUGACCUCACCGGCCAAGACUCAAGGGACCUCUGCCUCGACCACUGUCCCAGCUAGCACCACAGGGAUGACCUCUGCCUCUGCCACCACUGCUGCUUCCCCCACUCCUGAGGCCACCACUGCCACAACCACAAUGACCUCACUUCCAACAACUCUGGGGACCUCUUCUUUGUCCACUGUCCCAGCCACAACCAUAGGGGUGACCUCUGCCCUUUCCACAACUUCUUCUUCCCCAACACCUGAGGCCACCACUGCCACCACCACCGUGACCUCAAAUGUAAUGAUUCAGGGGACCUCUUCUGCAUCGACUGUCCCAGCCAGUACCACAGGGGUGACUUCUAACUCCGCCAGCACUCCUGUAGCCACCACUGCCACCACCACUGUGACCUCACCUGGAACGACUCAGGGGACGUCCUCCUCGGCAACUGUCCCAGCCACAACCACAGGAAUGACCUCUGCCUCCGCCACCAAUUCUGCUUCCCCAACUCCUGAGGCUACCACCACCGUGACCUCACCUGCCACCACUCAGCGGACCUCCACCUCGGGGUCUGUCCCAGUCAGCACCACAGCUGUGACCUCUGCCUCUGCCACCACUUCUGCUUCCCCAGCUCUUGAGGCCACCACUCCCACCACCACUAUGACCUCACCUGCCACAACACAAGGGCCCUCUUCCGCAGCCACGGUCCCAGCCAGUACCACAGGUGUGACUUCUAACUCCGCCAGCAGUCCAGUGGCCACCUUUGUCACUACCACCGUGACUUCACAUGGCACGACUCAGGGGACGUCCUCCUCGGCCACUGUCCCAGCCACCACCACAGGAAUGACCUCUGCCUCUGCCACAACUGCUGCUUCCCCAACUCCUGAGGUCACCACUGCCACCACAACCGUGACCUCACCUGGAAACACUCAGGGGACCUCUUCCUCGACCACUGUCCCAGCCAGCACCACAGGGAUGACCUCUGCCUCUGCCACCACUUCAGCUUCCCCCACUCCAGAGGCCACGACUGCCACAACCACCAUGACCUCACCUGCCACAACUCUGGGGACCUCUUCUUUGUCCACUGUCCCAGCCACAACCACAAGAGUGACCUCUGACUCCGCCACCACUUCUGCUACCCCAACUCCUGAGGGCAACACCGCCACCACCACCGUGACGUCACCUGGCACGACUCAAGGGACCUCCUCCUCGGCCACUGUCCCAGCCAGCACCACAGGGAUGACCUCUGCCUCUGCAACCACUUCAGCUUCCCCCACUCCUGAGGCCACCACUGCCACAACCACCAUGACCUCACCUGGAACAACUCAGCUGACCUCUUCUUUGUCCACUGUCCCAGCUACAACCACACGGUUGACCUCUGCCUUUUCCACAACUUCUUCUUCCCCAACUCCUGAGGCCACCACUGCCACCACCACCGUGACUUCACCUGGAACGACUCAGGGGACGUCCUCCUCGGCAACUGUCCCAGCCACAACCACAGGAGUGACCUCUGCCUCCGCCACCACUUCUGCUUCCCUAAAUCCUGAGGCCACCACCGCCACCACCACCAGGACUUCAUCUGCCACCACUCAGGGGACCUCCACCUCAGGCACUGUCCCAGUCAGCACCAAAGCUGUGACCUCUGCCUCCGACACCACUUCUGCUUCCCCAAAUCUUGAGGCCCCCACUCCCACCACCACUGUGACCUCACCUGCCACAACGCAAGGGCCCUCUUCGGCAGCCACCAUCCCCACCAGUACCACAGGUGUGACUUCUAACUCCGCCAGCAGUCCUGUGGCCACCACUGCCACCACCACCGUGACGUCACCUGCAACGACUCAGGGGAUCUCCUCCCCGGCCACUGUCCCAGCCACCACCACAGGAAUGACCUCUGCCUCCGCCACCACUGCUGCUUCCCCAACUCCUGACGUAACCACUGCCACCACCACCGUGACCUCACCUGGAACCACUCAGGGGACCUCUUCCUCGACCACUGUCCCAGCCAGCACCACAGGGAUGACCUCUGCCUCCGCCACCACUUCUGCUUCCCCAACUCCUGAGGCCACCACCACCGUGACCUCACCUGCCACCACUCAGCGGACCUCCACCUCGGGCACUGUCCCAGUCAGCACCACAGCUGUGACCUCUGCCUCCGCCACCACUUCUGCUUCCCCAACUCUUGAGUCCACCACUCCCACCACCACUGUGACCUCCCCUGCCACGACACAAGGGCCCACUUCCGCAGCCACGGUCCCAGCCAGUACCACAGGUGUGACUUCUAACUCCGCCAGCAGUCCAGUGGCCACCUUUGCCACUACCACCGUGACUUCACCUGGCACGACUCAGGGGACGUCCUCCUCGGCCACUGUCCCAGCCACCACCACAGGAAUGACCUCUGCCUCUGCCACAACUGCUGCUUCCCCAACUCCUGAGGUCACCACUGCCACCACAACCGUGACCUCACCUGGAAACACUCAGGGGACCUCUUCCUCAACCACUGUCCCAGCCAGCACCACAGGGAUGACCUCUGCCUCUGCCACCACUUCAGCUUCCCCCACUCCAGAGGCCACGACUGCCACAACCACCAUGACCUCACCUGCCACAACUCGGGGGACCUCUUCUUUGUCCACUGUCCCAGCCACAACCACAAGAGUGACCUCUGACUCCGCCACCACUUCUGCUACCCCAACUCCUGAGGGCAACACCGCCACCACCACCGUGACGUCACCUGGCACGAUUCAAGGGACCUCCUCCUCGGCCACUGUACCAGCCAGCACCACAGGGAUGACCUCUGCCUCUGCAACCACUUCAGCUUCCCCCACUCCUGAGGCCACCACUGCCACAAUCACCAUGACCUCACCUGCCACAACUCAGCUGACCUCUUCUUUGUCCACUGUCCCAGCUACAACCACACGGUUGACCUCUGCCUUUUCCACAACUUCUUCUUCCCCAACUCCUGAGGCCACCACUGCCACCACCACCGUGACUUCACCUGGAACGACUCAGGGGACGUCCUCCUCGGCAACUGUCCCAGCCACAACCACAGGAGUGACCUCUGCCUCCGCCACCACUUCUGCUUCCCUAAAUCCUGAGGCCACCACCGCCACCACCACCAGGACCUCAUCUGCCACCACUCAGGGGACCUCCACCUCAGGCACUGUCCCAGUCAGCACCAAAGCUGUGACCUCUGCCUCCGACACCACUUCUGCUUCCCCAAAUCUUGAGGCCCCCACUCCCACCACCACUGUGACCUCACCUGCCAUGACGCAAGGGGCCUCUUCCGCAGCCACCAUCCCCACCAGUACCACAGGUGUGACUUCUAACUCCGCCAGCAGUCCUGUGGCCACCACUGCCACCACCACCGUGACGUCACCUGCAACAACUCAGGGGAUCUCCUCCCCGGCCACUGUCCCAGCCACCACCACAGGAAUGACCUCUGCCUCCGCCACCACUGCUGCUUCCCCAACUCCUGACGUAACCACUGCCACCACCACCGUGACCUCACCUGGAACCACUCAGGGGACCUCUUCCUCGACCACUGUCCCAGCCAGCACCACAGGGAUGACCUCUGCCUCCGCCACCACUUCUGCUUCCCCAAAUACUGAGGCCACCACCGCCACCACCACCGUGACCUCACCUGGCACCACUCAGGUGACCUCCACCUCAGGCACUGUCCCAGUCAGCACUACAGCUGUGACCUCUGCCUCCGCCACCACUUCUACGUCCCCAACUCUUGAAUCCACCACUGCCACCACCAUUGUGACCUCACCUGCCACGACGCAAGGGCCCUCUUCGGCAGCCACCAUCCCCACCAGUACCACAGGUGUGACUUCUAACUCCGCCAGCAGUCCUAUGGCCACCACUGCCACCACCACCGUGACGUCACCUGGAAAGACUCAGGGGACGUCCUCCUCUGCAACUGUCCCAGCCACAACCACAGGAGUGACCUCUACCUCCGCCACCACCUCUGCUUCCCCAACUCCUGAGGCCACCACCACCGUGACCUCACCUGCCACCACUCAGCAGACCUCGACCUCGGGCACUGUCCCAGUCAGCACCACAGCUGUGACCUCUGCCUCCGCCACCACUUCUGCUUCCCCAGCUCUUGAGUCCACCACUCCCACCACCACUGUGACCUCCCCUGCCACAACACAAGGGCCCUCUUCCGCAGCCACCAUCCCAGCCAGCACCACAGGUGUGACUUCUACCUCUGCCAGCAGUCCUGUGGCCACCACUGCCACCACCAAAGUGACCUCACCUGGAACCACUCAGGGGACCUCUUCCUCGACCACUGUCCCAGCCAGCCCCACAGGGAUGACCUCUGCCUCGGCCACCACUACAGCUUCCCCCACUCCUGAUGCCACGACUGCCACAACCACCAUGACCUCACCUUCCACAAAUCUGGGGACCUCUUCUUUGUCCACUGUCCCAGCCACAACCACAAUGGUGACCUCUGCCUUUUCCACAACUUCUUCUUCCCCAACUCCUGAGGCCACCAGUGCCACCACCACCGGGACCUCACCUGCCACCGCUCAGGGGACCUCGACCUCGGGCACUGUCCCAGUCAGCACCACAGCUGUGACCUCUGCCUCCGCCACCUCUUCUGCUUCCCCAACUCUUGAGGCCACCACUCCCACCACCACUGUGACCUCCCCUGCCACAACACAAGGGCCCUCUUCCGCAGCCACAAUCCCAGCCAGUACCACAGGUGUGACUUCUACCUCCACCAGCACUCCUGUAGCCACCACUGCCACCACCACUGUGACCUCACCUGGAACGACUCAGGGGACGUCCUCCUCGGCAACUGUCCCAGCCACAACCACAGGAGUGACCUCUACCUCCGCCACCACUUCUGCUUCCACAACUCGUGAGGACACCACCACCGUGACCUCAUCUGCCACCAAUCAGGGGACCUCCACCUCAGGCACUGUCCCAGCCAGCACCACAGGUGUGACUUCUGCCUCUGCCAGCAGUCCUGUGGCCACCACUGCCACCACCACCAUGAUGUCACCUGGCACGACUCAGGCGACCUCCUCCUUGGCCACUGUGCCAGCCACCACCACAGGAAUGACCUCUGCCUCUGCCACCACUGCUGCUUCCUCAACUCCUGAGGUCACCACAGCCACCACCACCGUGACCUCACCUGGAACCACUCAGGGGACCUCUUCCUCGACCACUGUCCCAGCCAGCACCACAGGGAUGACCUCUGCCUCUGCCACCACUGCUGCUUCCCCCACUCCUGAUGCCACGACUGCCACAACCACCAUGACCUCACCUGCGACAACUCUGGGGACCUCUUCUUUGUCCACUGUCCCAGCCACAACCACAGGGGUGACCUCUGCCUUUUCCACAACUUCUUCUUCCCCAACUCCUGAGGCCAACACUGCCACCACCACCGUGACCUCACCUGUAACGAUUCAGGAGACCUCUUCUGCAUCCACUGUCCCAGCCAGUACCACAGGGGUGACUUCUACCUCCGCCACCACUUCUCCUUCCCCAACUCUUGAGGCCACCACUCCGACCACCACUGUGACCUCCCCUGCCACGACGCAAGGGUCCUCUUCCGCAGCCACCGUCCCAGCCAGUACCACAGGUGUGACUUCUACCUCCGCCAGCACUCCUGUAGCCACCACUGCCACCACCACUGUGACCUCACCUGGAACGACUCAGGGGACGUCCUCCUCGGCAACUGUCCCAGCCACAACCACAGGAGUGACCUCUGCCUCCGCCACCACUUCUGCUUCCACAAGUCCUGAGGCCAACACCGCCACCACCACUGUGACCUCAUCUGCCACCAAUCAGGGGACCUCCACCUCAGGCACUGUCCCAGUCAGCACCACAGGAGUGACCUCUGCCUCUGCCACCACUUCUGUUUCCCCAACUCUUGAGGCCACCACUCCCACCACCACUGUGUCCUCACCUGCCACAAUGCAAGGGCCCUCUUCCGCAGCCACCAUCCCAGCCAGCACCACAGGUGUGACUUCUAUCUCUGCCAGCAGUCCUGUGUCCACUACUGCCACCGCCACCGUGACCUCACCUGGAACCAUUCAGGGGACCUCUUCCUCGACCACUGUCCCAGCCAGCACCACAGGGAUGACCUCUGCCUCUGCAACCACUUCAGCUUCCCCCACUCCUGAGGCCACCACUGCCACAACCACCAUGACCUCACCUGCCACAACUCUGGGGACCUCUUCUUUGUCCACUGUUCCAGCCACAACCACCGGGGUGACCUCUGCCUUUUCCACUACUUCUUCUUCCCCAACUCCUGAGGCCAACACUGCCACCACCACCGUGACCUCACCUGUAACGAUUCAUGGGACAUCUUCCGCAUCCACUGUCCCAGCCAGUACCACAGGGGUUACUUCUAACUCCGCCAGCACUCCUGAGGCCACCACUGCCACCACCACUGUGACCUCACCUGGAACGACUCAGGGGACGUCCUCCUCGGCAACUGUCCCAGCCACAACCACAGGAGUGACCUCUGCCUCCGCCACCACUUCUGCUUCCCCAACUCCUGAGGCCACCACUGCCACCACCAUUGUGACCUCACCUGCCACCACUCAGGGGACCUCCACCUCCGGCACUGUCCCAGUCAGCACCACAGCUGUGACCUCUGCCUUCGCCACCACUUCUGCUUCCCCAACUCUUGAGGCCACCACGCCCACCACCACUGUGACCUCACCUGCCACGACGCAAGGGCCCUCUUCUGAAGCCACCGUCCCAGCCAGUACCACAGGUGUGACUUCUACCUCCGCGAGCAGUCCUAUGGCCACCACUGCCACCACCACCGUGACCUCACAAGGAAGCACUCAGGGGAUGUCCUCCUCGGCAACUGUCUCAGCCACAACCACAGGAGUGACCUCUGCCUCCGCCACCACUUCUGCUUCCACAACUCGUGAGGACACCACCACGGUGACCUCAUCUGCCACCAAUCAGGGGACCUCCACCUCAGGCACUGUCCCAGUCAGCACCACAGCUGUGACCUCUGCCUCCGCCACCACUUCUGUUUCCCCAACUCUUGAGGCCACCACUCCCCCCACCACUGUGACCUCACCUGCCACAACGCAAGGGCCCUCUACCGCAGCCACCAUCCCAGCCAGCACCACAGGUGUGACUUCUACCUCUGCCAGCAGUCCUGUGGCCACCACUGCCACCACCACCAUGAUGUCACCUGGCACGACUCAGGGGACCUCCUCCUUGGCCACUGUCCCAGCCACCACCACAGGAAUGACCUCUGCCUCUGCCACCACUGCUGCUUCCCCCACUCCUGAUGCCACGACUGCCACAACCACCAUGACCUCACCUGCCACAACUCUGGGGACCUCUUCUUUGUCCACUGUCCCAGCCACAACCACAGGGGUGACCUCUGCCUUUUCCACAACUUCUUCUUCCCCAACUCCUGAGGCCAACACUGCCACCACCACCGUGACCUCACCUGUAACGAUUCAGGGGACCUCUUCCGCAGCCACUGUACCAGCCAGUACCACAUGGGUGACUUCUACGUCCGCCAGCACUCCUAUAGCCACCACUGCCACCACCACUGUGACCUCACCUGGAAAGACUCAGGGGACGUCCUCCUCGGCAACUGUCCCAGCCACAACGACAGGAGUGACCUCUACCUCCGUCACCACUUCUGCUUCCACAAUUCCUGAGGACACCACCAUCGUGACCUCACCUGCCACCACUCAGGGGACCUCGACCACGCGCACUGUCCCAGUCAGCACCACAGCUGUGACCUCUGCCUCUGCCACCACUUCUGCUUCCCCAACUCUUGAGGCCACCACUCCCACCACCACUGUGACCUCACCUGCCACAACGCAAGGGCCCUCUUCCGCAGCCACCAUCCCAGCCAGUACCACAGGUGUGACUUCUACCUCCGCGAGCAGUCCUAUGGCCACCACUGCCACCACCACCGUGACCUCACAAGGAAGCACUCAGGGGACGUCCUCCUCGGCAACUGUCUCAGCCACAACCACAGGAGUGACCUCUGCCUCCGCCACCACUUCUGCUUCCACAACUCGUGAGGACACCACCACCGUGACCUCAUCUGCCACCAAUCAGGGGACCUCCACCUCAGGCACUGUCCCAGUCAGCACCACAGCUGUGACCUCUGCCUCCGCCACCACUUCUGCUUCCCCAACUCUUGAGGCCACCACUCCCACCACCACUGUGACCUCACCUGCCACAACGCAAGGGCCCUCUACCGCAGCCACCAUCCCAGCCAGCACCACAGGUGUGACUUCUACCUCUGCCAGCAGUCCUGUGGCCACCACUGCCACCACCACCAUGAUGUCACCUGGCACGACUCAGGCGACCUCCUCCUUGGCCACUGUGCCAGCCACCACCACAGGAAUGACCUCUGCCUCUGCCACCACUGCUGCUUCCUCAACUCCUGAGGUCACCACAGCCACCACCACCGUGACCUCACCUGGAACCACUCAGGGGACCUCUUCCUCGACCACUGUCCCAGCCAGCACCACAGGGAUGACCUCUGCCUCUGCCACCACUGCUGCUUCCCCCACUCCUGAUGCCACGACUGCCACAACCACCAUGACCUCACCUGCGACAACUCUGGGGACCUCUUCUUUGUCCACUGUCCCAGCCACAACCACAGGGGUGACCUCUGCCUUUUCCACAACUUCUUCUUCCCCAACUCCUGAGGCCAACACUGCCACCACCACCGUGACCUCACCUGUAACGAUUCAGGGGACAUCUUCCGCAUCCACUGUCCCAGCCAGUACCACAGGGGUGACUUCUACCUCCGCCACCACUUCUCCUUCCCCAACUCUUGAGGCCACCACUCCCACCACCACUGUGACCUGCCCUGCCACGACGCAAGGGUCCUCUUCCUCAGCCACCGUCCCAGCCAGUACCACAGGUGUGACUUCUACCUCCGCCAGCACUCCUGUAGCCACCACUGCCACCACCACUGUGACCUCACCUGGAACGACUCAGGGGACGUCCUCCUCGGCAACUGUCCCAGCCACAACCACAGGAGUGACCUCUGCCUCCGCCACCACUUCUGCUUCCACAACUCCUGAGGCCAACACCGCCACCACCACUGUGACCUCAUCUGCCACCAAUCAGGGGACCUCCACCUCAGGCACUGUCCCAGUCAGCACCACAGGAGUGACCUCUGCCUCUGCCACCACUUCUGCUUCCCCAACUCUUGAGGCCACCACGCCCACCACCACUGUGACCUCACCUGCCACGACGCAAGGGCCCUCUUCCGCAGCCACCAUCCCAGCCAGCACCACAGGUGUGACUUCUACCUCCGCCAGCAGUCCUGUGGCCACCACUGCCACCACCACCAUGAUGUCACCUGGCACGACUCAGGGGACCUCCUCCUUGGCCACUGUUCCAGCCACCACCACAGGAAUGACCUCUGCCUCUGCCACCACUGCUGCUUCCCCCACUCCUGAUGCCACGACUGCCACAACCACCAUGACCUCACCUGCCACAACUCUGGGGACCUCUUCUUUGUCCACUGUCCCAGCCACAACCACAGGGGUGACCUCUGCUUUUUCCACAACUUCUUCUUCCCCAACUCCUGAGGCCAACACUGCCACCACCACCGUGACCUCACCUGUAACGAUUCAGGGGACCUCUUCUGCAUCCACUGUCCCAGCCAGUACCACAUGGGUGACUUCUACGUCCGCCAGCACUCCUGUAGCCACCACUGCCACCACCACUGUGACCUCACCUGGAAAGACUCAGGGGACGUCCUCCUCGGCAACUGUCCCAGCCACAACCACAGGAGUGACCUCUACCUCCGCCACCACUUCUGCUUCCACAAUUCCUGAGGACACCACCAUCGUGACCUCACCUGCCACCACUCAGGGGACCUCGACCACGCGCACUGUCCCAGUCAGCACCACAGCUGUGACCUCUGCCUCCGCCACCACUUCUGCUUCCCCAACUCUUGAGGCCACCACUCCCACCACCACUGUGACCUCACCUACCUCGACGCAAGGGCCCUCUUCCGCAGCCACCAUCCCAGCCAGUACCACAGGUGUGACUUCUACCUCCGCCAGCAGUCCUAUGGCCACCACUGCCACCACCACCGUGACCUCACAAGGAAGCACUCAGGGGACCUCCUCCUCAGCCACUGUCCCAGCCACCACCACAGGGAUGACCUCUGCCUCCGCCACCACUUCUGCUUCCCCAACUCCUGAGGUCACCAGUGCCACCACCCCCGUGACCUCAGCUGCCACAACUCUGGGGAUCUCUUCUUUGUCCACUGUCCCAGCCACAACCACAGGGGUGACCUCUGCCUUUGCCACAACUUUUUCCCCAACUCCUGAGGCCACCACUGCCACCACCACUGUGACCUCACCUGGAACGACUCAGGGGACGUCCUCCUCGGCAACUGUCCCAGCCACAACCACAGGAGUGACCUCUGCCUCCGCCACCACUUCUGCUUCCCCAACUCCUGAGGCCACCACUGCCACCACCAUUGUGACCUCACCUGCCACCACUCAGGGGACCUCCACCUCCGGCACUGUCCCAGUCAGCACCACAGCUGUGACCUCUGCCUUCGCCACCACUUCUGCUUCCCCAACUCUUGAGGCCACCACGCCCACCACCACUGUGACCUCACCUGCCACGACGCAAGGGCCCUCUUCUGAAGCCACCGUCCCAGCCAGUACCACAGGUGUGACUUCUACCUCCGCAAACAGUCCUAUGGCCACCACAGCCACCACCACCAUGACGUCACCUGGCAUGACUCAGGGGACCUCCUCCUCGGCCAUUGUCCCAGCCAGCACCACAGGGAUGACCUCUCCCUCUGCCACCACUUCUGCUUCCCCAAUUCCUGAGGCUACCACUGCCACAACCACCAUGACCUCAGCUGCCACAACUCUGGGGAACUCUUCUUUGUCCACUGUCCCAGGCACAACCACAGGAGUGACCUCUGCCACCUCCACCACUUGUGCUUCCCCAACUCCUGAGGCCACCACUGCCACCACCACUGUGGCAUCACCUGCCACCACUCAGGGGACCUCCACCUCGGGCACUGUCACAGUCAGCAUCACAGCUGUGACCUCUGCCUCUGCCACCACUUCUGCUUCCCCAACUCUUGAAGCCACCACUCCCACCACCACUGUGACCUCACAUGCCUCGACGCAAGGGCCCUCUUCCGCAGCCACCAUCGCAGCCAGUACCACAGGUGUGACUUCUACCUCUCCCAGCAGUCCUGUGGCCACCACUGCCACCACCACCGUGACGUCACCUGGAACGACUCAGGGGACGUCCUCCUCGGCAACUGUCCCAGCCACAACCACAGGAGUGACCUCUGCCACCUCCACCACUUCUGCUUCCCCAACUCCUGAGGCCACCACCACUGUGACCUCACCUGCCACCCCUCAGGGUACCUCCACCUCAGGCACUGUCCCAGUCAGUACCUCAGCUGUGACCUCUGCCUCCGCCACCACUUCUGCUUCUUCCACUCCUGAGGCCACCACUGCCACAACCACCAUGACCUCAGCUGCCACAACUCUGGGGACCUCUUCUUUGUCCACUUUCCCAGCCACAACCACAGGGUUGACCUCUGCCUUUGCCACAACUUCUUCUUCCCCAACUCCUGAGGCCACCACGGCCACCAUCACCGUGACCUCACCUGGAACGACUCAGGGGACCUCUUCCGCAUCCACUGUCCCAGCCAGUACCACAGGGGUGACUUCUACCUCCGCCAGCACUCCUGUAGCCACCACUGCCACCACCACUGUGACCUCACCUGGAUCGUCUCAGGGGACGUCCUCCUCGGCAACUGUCCCAGCCACAACCACAGGAGUGACCUCUGCCUCCGCCACCACUUCUGCUUCCCCAACUCCUGAUGCUACCACUUACACCACGACCGUGACCUCACCUGCCACCACUCAGGGGACCUCCACCUCGGGCACUGUCCCAGUCAGCACCACAGCUGUGACCUCUGCCUCCGCCACCACUUCUGCUUCUCCCACUCCUGAGGCCACCACUGCCACAACCACCAUGACCUCAGCUGCCACAACUCUGGGGACCUCUUCUUUGUCCACUGUCCCAGCCACAACCACAGGGUUGACCUCUGCCUUUGCCACAACUUCUUCUUCCCCAACUCCUGAGGCCAACACUGCCACCACCACCGUGACCUCACCUGCAAUGAUUCAGGGGACCUCUUCCGCCACCACUGUCCCAGCCAGUACCACAGGUGUGACUUCUACCUCAGCCAGCACUCCUGUGGCCACCACUGACACCACCACUGUGUCAUCACCUGGAAUGACUCAGGCGACCUCCCCCUCAGCCACUAUCACAGUCACAACCAUAGGAGUGACCUCCUCCUCCGCCACCACUUCUUCUUCCCCCACUCCUGACGCCAUCACUGCCACCACCAGUGUGACCUCACCUGCCAUGACACACGUGCCUUCUUCUGCAGCCACUGUUCCAUCCAGUACCUCAGGAGUGACCUCUGCCUCCGCCAGUACUCCUGUGACCACCACUGCCACUCCCAUCGUGACGUCACCUGGCACGACUCAGGGGACCUCCUCCUUGGCCACUGUCCCAGCCACAACCACAGGGAUGACCUCUGCCUCCACCACCACUUCUGCUUCCUCAACUCCUGAGGUCACCACAGCCACCACCACCGUGACCUCACCUGGAACCACUCAGGGGACCUCUUCCUCGACCACUGUCCCAGCCAGCACCACAGGGAUGACCUCUGCCUCUGCCACCACUUCAGCUUCCCCCACUCCUGAUGCCACCACUGCCACAACCACCAUAACCUCACCUGCCACAACUCUGGGGACCUCUUCUUUGUCCACUGUCCCAGCCACAACCACAGGGGUGACCUCUGUCUUUUCCACAACUUCUUCUUCCCCAACUCCUGAGCUCACCACUGCCACCACCACCAUGACCUCACCUGUAACGAUUCAGGGGACCUCUUCUGCAUCCACUGUCCCAGCCAGUACCACAGGGUUGACUUCUACCUCCGCCAGCACUCCUGUAGCCACCACUGCCACCACCACUGUGACCUCACCUGGAACGACUCAGGGGACGUCCUCCUCGGCAACUGUCCCAGCCACAACCACAGGAGUGACCUCUGCCUCCACCACCAGUUCUGCUUCCCUAAAUCCUGAGGCCACCACCGCCACCACCACCAGGACCUCAUCUGCCACCACUCAGGGGACCUCCACCUCAGGCACUGUCCCAGUCAGCACCACAGCUGUGACCUCUGCCUCCGACACCACUUCUACUUCCCCAAAUCUUGAGGCCACCACUCCCACAACCACUGUGACCUCACCUGCCACAACGCAAGGGCCCUCUUCCGCAGCCACAGGCCCAGCCAGUACCACAGGUGUGACUUCUACCUCCGCCAGCAGUCCUGUGGCCACCACUGCCACCACCACCGUGACGUCACCUGGAAUGACUCAGGGGAUUUCCUCCCCGGCCACUGUCCCAGCCACCACCACAGGAAUGAUCUCUGCCUCCGCCACCACUGCUGCUUCCCCAACUCCUGAGGCCACCACUGCCACCACCACCGUGACCUCACCUGGAACCACUCAGGGGACCUCUUCCUCGACCACUGUCCCAGCCAGCACCACAGGGAUGACCUCUGCCUCCGCCACCACUUCUGCUUCCCCAAAUACUGAGGCCACCACCGCCACCACCACCGUGACCUCAUCUGGCACCACUCAGGUGACCUCCACCUCAGGCACUGUCCCAGUCAGCACCACAGCUGUGACCUCUUCCUCCGCCACCACGUCUACGUCCCCAACUCUUGAAUCCACCACUGCCACCACCAUUGUGACCUCACCUGCCACGACGCAAGGGCCCUCUUCGGCAGCCACCAUCCCCACCAGUACCACAGGUGUGACUUCUAACUCCGCCAGCAGUCCGGUGGCCACCACUGCCACCACCACCGUGACAUCACCUGGAAAGACUCAGGGGACGUCCUCCUCUGCAACUGUCCCAGCCACAACCACAGGAGUGACCUCUACCUCUGCCACCACGUCUGCUUCCCCAACUCCUGAGGCGACCACCACCGUGACCUCACCUGCCACCACUCAGCAGACCUCGACCUCGGGCACUGUCCCAGUCAGCACCACAGCUGUGACCUCUGCCUCCGCCACCUCUUCUGCUUCCCCAACUCUUGAGUCCACCACUCCCACCACCACUGUGACCUCCCCUGCCACGACACAAGGGCCCACUUCCGCAGCCACCAUCCCAGCCAGCACCACAGGUGUGACUUCUACGUCCGCCAGCAGUCCUGUGGCCACCACUGCCACCACCAAAGUGACCUCACCUGAAACCACUCAGGGGACCUCUUCCUCGACCACUGUCCCAGCCAGCACCACAGGGAUGACCUAUGCCUCGGACACCACUACAGCUUCCCCCACUCCUGAUGCCAUGACUGCCACAACCACCAUGACCUCACCUGCCACAAAUCUGGGGACCUCUUCUUUGUCCACUGUCGCAGCCACAACCACAAUGGUGACCUCUGCCUUUUCCACAACUUCUUCUUCCCCAAAUCCUGAGGCCACCAGUGCCACCACCACCAUGACCUCACCUGUAACGAUUCAGGGGACAUCUUCCGCAUCCACUGUCCCAGCCAGUACCACAGGGGUGACUUCUAACUCUGCCAGCACUCCUGUAGCCACCACUGCCACCACCACCGUGACCUCACCUGGAUCGUCUCAGGGGACGUCCUCCUCGGCCACUGUCCCUGCCACCACCACAGGAAUGACCUCUGCCUCUGCCACCACCUCUGCUUCCCCAACUCCUGACGUAACCACUGCCACCACCACCAUGACCUCACCUGGAACCUCUCAGGGGACCUCUUCCUCGACCACUGUCCCAGCCAGCACCACAGGGAUGACCUCUGCCUCUGCCACCACUGCUGCUUCCCCCACUCCUGAUGCCACGACUGCCACAACCACCAUGACCUCACCUGCGACAACUCUGGGGACCUCUUCUUUGUCCACUGUCCCAGCCACAACCACAGGGGUGACCUCUGCCUUUUCCACAACUUCUUCUUCCCCAACUCCUGAGGCCACCAGUGCCACCACCACCGUGACCUCACCUAUAACGAUUCAGGGGACAUCUUCCGCAUCCACUGUCCCAGCCAGUACCACAGGGGUGACUUCUACCUCCGCCAGCACUCCUGUAGCCACCACUGCCACCACCACUGUGACCUCACCUGGAACGAUUCAGGGGACGUCCUCCUCGGCAACUAUCCCAGCCACAACCACAGGAGUGACCUCUACUUCCGCCACCACCUCUGCUUCCCCAACUCCUGAGGCCACCACCACCGUGACCUCACCUGCCACCACUCAGCAGACCUCGACCUCGGGCACUGUCCCAGUAAGCACCACAGCUGUGACCUCUGCCUCCGCCACCACUUCUGCUUCCCCAACUCUUGAGGCCACCACUCCCACCACCACUGUGACCUCCCCUGCCAUGACGCAAGGGCCCUCUACCGCAGCCACCAUCGCAGCCAGCACCACAGGUGUGACUUCUACCUCCGCCAGCAGUCCUGUGGCCACCACUGCCACCACCACCGUGACCUCACCUGGAACCACUCAGGGGACCUCUUCCUCGACCACUGUCCCAGCCAGCACCACAGGGAUGACCUCUGCCUCUGCCACCACUUCAGCUUCCCCCACUCCUGAGGCCACCACUGCCACAACCACCAUGACCUCACCUGCCACAAAUCUGGGGACCUCUUCUUUGUCCACUGUCCCAGCCACAACCACAGGGGUGACCUCUGCCUUUUCCACAACUUCUUCUUCCCCAACUCCUGAGGCCAACACUGCCACCACCACCAUGACCUCACCUGUAACGAUUCAGGGGACAUCUUCCGCAUCCACUGUCCCAGCCAGUACCACAGGGGUGACUUCUACCUCCUCCAGCACUCCUGUAGCCACAACUGUCACCACCACUGUGACCUCACCUGGAACGACUCAGGGGACGUCCUCCUGGGCAACUGUCUCAGCCACAACCACAGGAGUGACCUCUGCCUCAGCCACCACUUCUGGUUCCACAACUCCUGAGGCCACCACCGUGACCUCACCUGCCACCACUCAGGGGACCUCCACCUCGGGGUCUGUCCCAGUCAGCACCACAGCUGUGACCUCUGCCUCUGCUCCCACUUCUGCCUCCCCAACUCUUGAGGCCACCACUCCCACCACCACUGUGACCUCCCCUGCCACGACCCAAGGGCCCUCUACCGCAGCCACCAUCGCAGCCAGUACCACAGGUGUGACUUCUGCCUCCGCCAGCAGUCCUGUGGCCACCACUGCCACCACCACCGUGACCUCACCUGUCACGAUUCAGGAGACAUCUUCCGCAGCCACAGGCCCAGCCAGUACCACAGGUGUGACUUCUACCUCUGCCAGCAGUCCUGUGUCCACUACUGCCACCACCACCGUGACGUCACCUCGCACGACUCAGGGGACCUCCUCCUCGGCCACUGUCGUAGCCACCACCACAGGAAUGACCUCUGCCUCCGCCACCACUGCUGCUUCCCCAACUCCUGAGGUAACCACUGCCACCACCACCGUGACCUCACCUGGAAGCACUCAGGGGACCUCUUCCUCGACCACUGUCCCAGCCAGCACCACAGGGAUGACCUCUGCCUCUGCCACCACUGCUGCUUCCCCCACUCCUGAUGCCACGACUGCCACAACCACCAUGACCUCACCUGCCACAACUCUGGGGACCUCUUCUUUGUCCACUGUCCCAGCCACAACCACAGGGGUGACCUCUGCUUUUUCCACAACUUCUUCUUCCCCAACUCCUGAGGCCAACACUGCCACCACCACCGUGACCUCACCUGUAACGAUUCAGGGGACCUCUUCCGCAGCCACUGUCACAGCCAGUACCACAGGGGCGACUUCUACGUCCGCCAGCACUCCUGUAGCCACCACUGCCACCACCACUGUGACCUCACCUGGAAAGACUCAGGGGACGUCCUCCUCGGCAACUGUCCCAGCCACAACCACAGGAGUGACCUCUACCUCCGCCACCACUUCUGCUUCCACAAUUCCUGAGGACACCACCAUCGUGACCUCACCUGCCACCACUCAGGGGACCUCGACCACGCGCACUGUCCCAGUCAGCACCACAGCUGUGACCUCUGCCUCCGCCACCACUUCUGCUUCCCCAACUCUUGAGGCCACCACUCCCACCACCACUGUGACCUCACCUGCCACGACACAAGGGCCCUCUUCCGCAGCCACCUUCCCAGCCAGUACCACAGGUGUGACUUCUACCUCCGCCAGCAGUCCUGUGGCCACCAUUGCCACCACCACCAUGAUGUCACCUGGCACGACUCAGGGGACCUCCUCCUCGGCCACUGUCCCAGCCACCACCACAGGAAUGAACUCUGCCUCCGCCACAACUGCUGCUUCCUCAACUCCUGAGGUCACCACUGUCACCACCUCCGUGACCUCACCUGCCACAACUCUGGGCACCUCUUCUUUGUCCACUUUCCCAGCCACAACCACAGGGUUGACCUCUGCCUUUUCCACAACUUCUUCUUCCCCAACUCUUGAGGCCACCACUGACACCACCACCGUGACUUCACCUGUAUCGAUUCAGGGGACCUCUUCCGCAGCUACUGUCCCAGCCAGUACCACAUGGGUGACUUCUACCUCCGCCAGCACUCCUGUAGCCACCACUGCCACCACCACUGUGACCUCACCUGGAACGACUCAGGGGACAUCCUCCUUGGCAACUGUCCUAGCCACAACCACAGGAGUGACCUCUGCCUCUGCCACCACUUCUGCUUCCCCAACUCCUGAGGCCACCACCACCGUGACCCCACCUGCCACCACUCAGGGGACCUCCACCUCAGGGUCUGUCCCAGUCAGCACCACUGCUGUGACCUCUGCAUCCGCCACCUCUUCUGCUUCCCCAACUCUUGAGGCCAUCACUCCCACCACCACUGUGACCUCACGUGCUACAUCGCAAGGGCCCUCUUCCACAUCCACUGUCCCAGCCAGUACCACAGGUGUGACUUCUACCUCCGGCAGCAGUCCUGUGGCCACCACUGCCACUACCACCGUGAUGUCACCUGGCACGACUCAGGGGACCUCCUCCUCUGCCACUGUCCCAGCCACCAACUCUGCCUCCUCCACCACUUCUGCAUCCCCAACUCCUGAGGCCACCAUUGCCACCACCACCGUGACCUCCCCUGCCACGACUCAGGGGACCUCUGCCUCGACCAGUGUCCCAGCCAGCACCACCACCGUGGCCUCUCCUGCCUGGACUCAGGGCACCUCUUCCUCCACCUCUUCGUACCCUGUUCUGGGAACCACUACCAUUGCUAGUGCAAAUUCGAGCCCCAGCAUCGUCACCUCCAUGCCAUCACCCACAUCCUCUUCUCCCUCUACCACUUCUAGGGUUACAUCUACAACCACUUCAACUACCACCUCCAUUGUUCCUAGCACAAGUGGUACGUAA